AUGCAAAAUGGCCGACAAGGUACGCAAAUGAAAGACGUCUUCAUUAGCCCCGACGCCCCACACACGCUCCUGUUGGAUAAACAUGCAGACUACAUCGCUGCAUACGGCUCCAAAAAGGACGACUAUGAGUACACGCUGUCCGAAUACCUGCGCAUGAGCGGUAUCUACUGGGGUCUGACGGUGAUGGACCUGAUGGCUCAGCUGCCUCGCAUGAAUCGCCAGGAGAUCGUCGACUUCAUCACAGCAUGUCAGCAUGAAUGCGGUGGGGUCAGCGCCAGCAUCGGCCACGACCCCCAUCUGCUCUACACGCUCAGCGCUGUGCAGAUUUUGUGCUUGUACGACAGUGUGGACGCACUAGAUGUGGAUAAAGUGGUUGAGUACGUUAAAGGGUUGCAGCAGGACGACGGAUCCUUUGCGGGAGACAAAUGGGGAGAAAUCGACACAAGAUUUUCCUUCUGUGCAGUAGCCACACUUUCAUUAUUGGGCAAGAUGGAUGCCAUCGACGUGGACAAAGCCGUGGAAUUUGUGUUGUCCUGUAUGAACUUUGAUGGCGGUUUUGGAUGCAGGCCUGGCUCUGAAUCUCACGCCGGUCAGAUUUACUGCUGCACGGGCUUCCUGUCGCUGACGGGCCAACUGCACCAGCUCAACGCCGACCUGCUGGGUUGGUGGCUCUGCGAGAGGCAGCUGCCAUCUGGGGGCCUCAACGGGCGGCCUGAAAAGCUUCCGGACGUCUGCUACUCUUGGUGGGUUCUGGCUUCGCUCCGGAUUAUAGGCAAGAUCCACUGGAUCGACAAGGACAAGCUGCGCUCCUUUAUCCUGGCCUGCCAGGACGAGGAGACAGGGGGCUUCGCUGACCGACCGGGAGACAUGGUGGACCCCUUCCAUACCCUGUUUGGAAUCGCUGGCCUCUCCCUUCUGGGGGAUGACAAGAUCAAGGCAGUGAAUCCUGUACUGUGCAUGCCCGAGGACGUGCUGCAGAGGCUCGGCCUUAAGCCGGAGCUUCUUAGCUAG